CGAUAGUCUGAAUCUGAUUUAUGUGAAAAAUUUAUAAGAGCAGUGUGUCUAUAAGAAAUUCAUCUAGUCUUGUUAAAAUCGCCAUGAAGUUCAUUUAUAUUGUCGUAAUGCUUAUCGCUCGGACUUUGGCCGAGGUAGAAACUUGGGAUAUUACCGAGAAAAAGAAUUGGAAUGUUAAUAUAAAUCAUAUUGUGGAUCGUUUCAAUCCUGUUAUUGCCCAAUUUAUCAAGAAAUAUGGCCUAGAUCCACUCAAACUUCCACAAGUUGAGCGAAAAUUAAGGAUGGAAAAUCCAAACUUUUCCGAACCGAUGAUGUACAAAAUCGACCUCAUUUUAAAAUCGGGAAUAUUGAAAGGUUUGUCCAAUUUGAAGCGUCAGAAUAACGCUACAUUAACAUAUGCAGACAGGUUAUUAAAGCUGGACGUUGGUUUCGAAUUCAAACUUUUACAGGGAACAUAUGAUUAUGUUGCAAAAGUAAUCUUUCGAAAUCUUAAGGGUCACAUUAAAGCUUUAACGGAAAAUGUACGCGCUAUAAUGAACAUCACAUUUAAUACAACAGAUUACACUUUGACCCUCGACAAAUUUCACUUACAGGUUCCUAGUCACAUUAAGGUAACUAUCAAAAAUGAAGAUGGAUCGGUGGAUUGGAUAAAUACAGCUAUCGUCUAUAUCGUAACUCCGUUCUUUAAAGAAACGAUUACGAACUCUGUUCAAGAGGAAGCAUCGAAUGAAAUUCGAAAAUAUUUUAAUGAGAUAAAUCAUAAAAUCGCUCCCCGCAAAAUGUUAACAUAUAUUUUAAAAUAUCAAUUGUUGAAUCAAAACCUAGUGAAUAAACAUCAAAUUGUUAUUUUCUAAUACAA